CAUGUAUCGGUAAAAACCAUCCACGCGCCUUAAAUUCAUGAAUGAUGACGUGGCAUUCAAUGGCUGCCCCACCCUCGAGAAAGAAAUCACCGCCAACCAUAGCAUUAAUCCAUCCAAGGUUCCAAAUUCCAUUAACACGCUUCGCAGACAAACCACCACAACAUGGCUUUCAGAACCUUCGCCCCUUCUCCUUCUCCGGCGCACCACCACUCUCAGUGGGCCCCAUCUCCAGCUGCCGCCGUCACUGGAACUACAGUAAGCACUCCCAACCAGUCAUCGCCACCACCGUCCAACUCCAAACUCCCUGUUGACUUCAGCCCACCUUUGAUAGCCAUGGUAGUAGUGGUCGCCGCAGCUUUUUUGGUAAUCACGUACUCUCGCUUGAUUUCUCGUUACCUCAUCCGAGUGCUCCGCCGCUGGCGAAGGUGGCGUCGCCGUCGUCGCCUCCGUUACAUCCCUUCCUCCAGCGGCGACCUCGACUCCCCGCCGCCUCCCUUUGACUCACCUGACGGUUUUCAUGUGUAUUCGCCUUAUGGACUUGAUGAGUCCGUUAUAAAGACUUUGCCUCUCUUCGUCUACACCACCAAAAAUGGCUUUCACAAAGAGAGCAGUAACAGUAAAGACUGUGCUGUCUGCUUACUGCAGUUCGAAGAUAACGAUUACGUCCGUACACUUCCUGUUUGCUCUCACGCCUUUCACGUCGAUUGUAUCGAUAUCUGGCUAAGGUCUCACGCUAACUGCCCUCUCUGCCGUGCCAGAAUAUUCCGGUCGGAUUCCCCUUUUACACCGGUGAUGGCCUCUAGAAUCAGACCUAGCCUUGAUGACACAAUUCUGCAUAGUAUUGGGCCCGAAUCCAUAAUUCACACUCCUCCUCCUUCUCAUACUGGCAACACAGCAACAACCACCAUAACGACGGUGACGGAGAUCACUCCGUGUAUUGAAGAAUCGUCGUCGAGAAGAAACAGUAAUAAUUUCAACAAUUACAGUCAAUCUGAGGAUCGAUACACUGGCUGUGAUUUCUUGUUGAAACGGUCCUAUUCCUUCGGGUUUGAGCGCAGCUUAGCAUCGGAGAGGAUGUUGGUGAUGGAACCAACGACAACGUCACCUUGGCGUUACCGGAGGGGAAGCUUCUGGAGUAAACGUUCAUCGCCGUUUGGAUCGUUAUCAAAGCAUAGAGUUUUCUCAUUUAGACAUUACAAAGGCAUGAAAUCACCAUUUUUCAGAAGGAGAGGAGGAUUCUUCCCCUUAUCGGAGCGAUACCCAACAGGCAGCGGAGGAGGAGGAUCAUCAAGGCGGAGCAAGUCGAUGGCGAGUCCAAUGUUCCAAAGAUCAUCGGUGGCAGCAUUCUCGUCGAGCAGACUAAGGUGUGGGGAUCCCGAGGCGCUGUUGUCACCGGAGAGAUACAACAGGAGGUGAAGAAAAGACAAAGGAAAAGACACGUGGAGAGCAUGGAUUGGAUAGAAAAGGGAGGGGCGGAGAUGGGAAUUAAAUGGAAAGGAGAUCGGGAAGCGGAGGAGAGUUAAUGAGAAGAGACUAGUCUGGUAAAAUUGCGGAGUCAUUAAUGGAAAGUUGGGAGGAGCAUUUAAUGAAAACAUUGACGACAGAUAACAUAACAUUAUUUUUUCACACACGGCUCUUAUAAUAUUGAUCUUGGUUUGUCAUUGGAGUUCUCAUUUCUCUCCCUCAUUAAUGGCCUGGAGCCCUGGAGGUGGUGGAGGGGCUGUGAUUCUAUGUGGACAUUGAGUGGUCUUCUGGCUAUUGGCGAUGCUGAUUUCUUGUCGUUUGGUUUGGUUGUGUUUGAAUCUCAAGAGUGGAUUUUGUGUUUGGAAAUUGCAUUGUUAUUUUUCUCCUUUUGUUUCCCUUUAGGGAGAAUGGGACAUUACGAUUCAUAGAAACUUUAUGUUGCUGGUGAUCUCUCGCUGGAUUGAAUCCAUUUUGUGGUUUUGUUUGUUUAUGCUU